AUGGUGGCCAUUAAUUCACUUUCAUCUAUUUAUUAUAUCAUUGCAUUUCUAUGCUUACAUCACUGUCAAUCAGUAUAUGGCGUUGUUGAUGCGGAUGCCAAUAAGAUCAAAAAAAUACCAAUAGAACGCUAUGAAUUCCUCAACGAAACCAUUCGAAAGCAAGCGGAAUUUCUAAAGAACAAGGAAUCUGGUUCUGGUAGAAAAGAUGUUCUUGGGAAGGCAAGCACAAGUUCACCUAAACUAGAGAAUACGGAAGAGUCAUCACAGAUGCCAACUAUACCUUCUUUUCCCGAGAGUGUUGAAAGCGACAUACUCGGUGAGCCUCCUACAACUAACGUGUUGCCUGAACCAUCUGAUACAUCCAAUAGUCCUACAACACCUCUAGAGCCUCCUGUAGCUGCUGAAAGAACAUUUGGACUACAGAAAAAUAGUUUUAAAGAUCCAGCUGUAACAGUGCCAAAUGACGCUGAAGCUAUAUAUUCUAACAUUGAUCUGCCAGAUACCCCUACAGACGCGGUAGAAUAUGUCGAUCUUGACCCCAAUGCAGUACUAACUCUUUCCCCAGUUGUCGUUGAUGAUGAUGCAUUUCCGCUGCCUAGUGGAGAUAGUGCUCCAUUAGCACUCGAUGAAGAAGAUAAAUCGUCUUCCACCCAACUCGAUGUCAAUGAGUCGAAUGAGAAGAAGAACCGUAAAAAAUUGAGAGGAUUUGUAGACGAUGAUUCUGUGGAAAAAGCCAAAUUGUUCAACGAACUACCCAAGAUUAAGCCUAAACAUGUCAGAUUCGGUAAAUACGAAGAAAUCGACAAACCUGCAAUCGAAUUCUCUGAUACCUCAAGUAGCGAAGAUGGAGUUGAAGGAACCCUCGUCAAUGAACCUGAACAACCGCCAAAGAUCGUGGGCGUCCUUAAGAAAAAAGAAGAAAUAAAAAGGCCAAGUAGUUCGCCACCACCAUUACCAACAAAAAAUACGCAACUAGUAACCAUUUCAGCAUGGGAAGUUGUUCCAAAAAAACCUCGCUUCAUAAGUAAAAAAGAGAAGCAGUAUAAUAAUGAAACAUCGGCAACUAAAUCUGAUGGGCAUCUUUACAAAGCUACUGUCGAACUCCCAAGCGACAUUGACAACGACACUGAUAGGGUAAAACUGAAUGAGCCCGAUUCCUCACUGUCCUACAAUUACAUUCCGGAAUCUACUAGUAAAUAUCCACUAAAAGAUGAUGGCGGAAUACGUGGCACUUCCUAUAAACCAUUAAAAGACCUAGACGCUCCAGGGCCAUCAGGUGAAGGCAAAAUAAUGACCAAAUACAAACUAGCUGACGAUUUUGUUCUCGAUGACAUGUAUCUGUCGGAUUGGGAAGAUGAUGAAGAGGAAAACUUUGAGCCAAAAGAACCCAUCCAUAGACCAACUGUGAUGGCAUCAUCAGGUAGGGAAAAAAAUAAUCCGCAAACACUAGCAAAUUCAUUGAUUGGUGUAGACACUAUAAAGGAUAUAACGGGUGACUCAUCCAUGCCUUUUCAUAUUUUUGUUGAGGGAUCCGAGGAGCUUCCAUUGAAUUAUGGAACAACAAAAGACUCCUAUUCGAUCGAUGAACCACUCUACAUGGAUAUGUCUUCAAUAGUAAGGAUGCAAGGUUAUAAAACCGAUAAUGACAUAGGGGACGUCGUCGAAUAUAUAGAAGCACCAGAGUUGCAAUAUGUCUCACAUGACUAUAGGAAUAGACCGUUUCAAGUAAAGCCUAUAAAGAAAGAAGCAUGUUCGCCCAAACGAAAUAUACCACAUCAUUAUACCAGUCCGGGGGCUGUUGGAUCUCGCCUUCCACUUAUGAGGAACCAUUCGCAUGAUUCGUUAUACGAAAAUAUGCAUGCAUACAGUGAUUGUACAUAUACUCCAUUGAAUUUUUAUGAAAAGGGUUCUUCUAAAGACAUACCUGAAACACGCUUAUAUAUGGAAAUCGGUGAUAUUCCCCAACCAACAUACGCCAAUAUACUACCGCAAAGUCAGAUAAGCGAACGAAUGUUUAACAUGGACAAUGAUGAUAUAUAUGUUCCCAUGGCUCCUCUGAAGACUAGGUGUCACUCUAUUGCUAGCGACAGUUCAUGUAGUGCAAUGAAACCAUGUGGUUGUCACAGACAUAAUCUCCUUUACGGUUUUGACACUGCACUAAAAGAGAGCCAUAGUGGGAUAACACAUUCUUCAAACGACAUACGCCCAUAUAGGGAAUGGAAUGGUCACCCGGGAUAUCCGAUGAAUAAGCGUGAUGAUGAUGACUUCCAUGAACACGAAGCGGAAGGGAACCACUAUGGAUUCACAAAAGCAACACAAAUAAAUAAACCACUGACAAAAAGGUUUGUUUCCGGUGUUGAAAGAGCAUCAAGUGCUAUUCGGAGGAAGUUCAACAACAUAAGUAAUUACGCUGCAAAAAAACUUAGUGCGAUGAAACGCUAUUUUCUAGGAGUUGGAGAAACUGUGUGUACUUCUGUUGACGUAGCUGGAAAUUGCGUUGAGAUAGGCGUUAUAACAACUCGAAAGGCAGCGGCUGAUGCACUAGCAAAGGCACACGAAAGUCUAAUGCCAACACAAGAGAGUAGAUGGAUGCCUUUCAGCGAGAGUUUGAUGGGAUAA